CGGAGAGGUAGAUUUUGGUCUGGCAUUAGCGUCGGUGACCGAUGAAAGGAACUCUGUCAUGGAUUUCGUACCAUUGCACGUGUCGUCGGACACGGCCUUGUUCGUUUGGAAAACUGGUGCCACGAUAUCAAACAGCUCUUUCUUUGGCAUGUUUGAAGCUCGUCUAUGGGUCAGUUUGGUGUUUUUGGUGGUUGCCGUUAUUGGAACCAGUCUCUUAAUAUUUUGGCUAAAUCCACAUUUUGAAGUAACAGCUUGGGAUUCAUUGUUCCACACUCCCGCGGCCUUGCUGAAUCAAGGAGCCCCAUUUUUGCCUCAGAGACUCUCUGGAAGGAUUCUUUUGUUAACUUCUCUCAUUUUUGGAUGGCUGGCAAUGGUUAUUCUCUCUGCCAGAUUAGUCUCUCAUUUAACGUAAGUAUUUUCUUGCCUACACAUUCAUUUCCACCAAGAUUCUUUUGUUUUGGGGAAACUUGAGAUAACUUCCCUGAGCGUGAUCCAAGUUAGAAUGAUAACAGUCACCCUUAAAUCGGAAGGACUAACUCGGCAAUCACUGUCUGUUUAAACCAAGCCUUCUCAAAAACGUAAACCAUAACCCCAAAUCUUGGUGAUUUCAGGACGAAAUUUCCGCAGGCAUAUAUCCAAUCCCUCAAGGACUUGCAAGAUUGGGACAUGAAGCUGUACAUCUCCGGUGAUGGUACGGACCUUACCAAGUUCUCCAAAGCACCUUCGAACUCGAUCAAACGGACUUUAUGGGAUUAUCAAAUCAGCACGUCGCGUCAAUUCUAUCCAGUAGACUCGGAUUUACUAGAUACAUUUGUAACUCUUGGUGGAUCAGAUUCAGCUCUCUUUUACAACAACUUGGCCGUUCAACAUUGGAUAUCCGAGCACAGAGCCUUGGGGUGUGAACUAGAAAUGACCAACAUACGAGACUCGGAGAUGGGAUAUCUCCCUGUGCGUCGCAAUUUCGAGUUCCGAGAGCUCUUUGAGUAUCAUUUAGCUACGAUGAAAGAGUCUGGAAUAACUGAUAAGAUAUCGAACCGUUGGAGAGAGACCGCAAACACGGAUAUGGGCUUGGUGUGUCCUGAUUCGGAGAUGGAAGUCCAAGAAAUGGCUUUGGAGCACGUAGCUACUUUCUUUGCCAUCUUAAUUGGCGGUAUAGUCAGUGCGAUAUUGACAUUUGUUGGCGAAAUGGCGAUUGUGAUCAUGAAAAAUUGAGGAGCAGAUGUCCUUCAAUUUUAUCACUCCAUCCAGUUUUGGCUUCCGACUUUCGGAGAAAAACAGUACAACACCCAAGGGUCGAAUUGGAAACAGGUUUUAUGUGUGAAAUUCUCAUGCAGUGCUUAAUCACAAGCAUGUGCUUCUAGUUCAACGUUUGUUGUUCUUGUAAAUGUUCUGUAAAAUGUUCUCGUUUGUGUGGAUCACUCUUGUUUGCCUCAACCCCACUUUAGCCAAGGUUAAUACACUAAGGGGUUCAUCUAAUGACGUUGAAUCGCCGUUGGAACAAACUCAGGAAUGGGUGCCAUACCAUAAAAGGGAGUGGCGAUCACCGUAUCAAUAUAAAACGACUUUUUUUGAGCAACUUCUACGUAGCAAUGAAAUCACCAAUACAAGCAUCGAACUUAAGAAGCCAGAUGUUUCCUCUCUGUUGUCUCUGAAGGAUGCCAAGAUCUUAAACAACAUCACUGAUCAGGCCGAAUAUAUGAAAAUAUAUGUCAAUCUUACCGGAGCCAGACCUUUUACUCCAAAGGGUAAAAAUAACAAAUCGGUGGCGUUUCGCAAACUGCAUCAAAGGAAAUCGCUUGUUGCCAGAGUGGAGGCUCCGAAGAAUGCCCUUACAGCAAUUUGUUAUGCUGAGCCCACCAUGGUAAAUCCCAACCAACCCGAGGACAGGUCAUAUAUUCUUCUGCCUCUUUGCUUCCGCGUUCCAAGAUGUGGCGGUUGUUGCUAUAAUCCAGGGCUCUUGUGCCAACCUACCAGGACGAAGAUGGUGAAAUAUACUUUCACGAAAAUUGAUCCUAUCCAGAAUACCUAUUCUCCGCAUGUGGAGGAUAUCGAAGUUCACCAGUCCUGUGAAUGUGGAUGCAAAAUUCAAGAAAAGGAUUGCAUUGAGAGGCAACAAAAAUACGAUGCCGAUACGUGCUCUUGUAAAUGCCAAGAUACGGAAAAAAAGUGCAACCCUAAAAUACAUAGGUGGGAUGAGAACAGUUGUGAAUGCAAAUGCAAAACCAUCCAUAAUUGUUCCACGGGAUUCACCUUCGAUCAUGCAUCUUGUGGCUGUGGUCGAUCAACUUUCAAAAAUGAUUUGAAGUCCUCCUUUAUGGCUCAAUCAACUCGUACAAAUCCCCUUGAAAGUUAAUGGCCGCAAUUCUUCACAUUAUUCAAGCAUACCUUUUUAACAUGAAUUGGAGAUGAAACGAUUAGCUAUGCUUCCGCUGCACAAUGCUUGGCAUUCAAUUUCAUUUUCUAAUUCCAUUUUUCAUUUGCAAAUUCCACAUUUAAUUUGUUUAUCAUUGUCUCAUUCUUAAAAAAUCAAAUAUUCUUCGAAAUUCCUGUUCUUUUUUACUUUUGCAAAAAUAAUUGUAGAAAAACCAAUUUAGAUGGAAACUCUAAAAAUCCCACAUCAAGGAGCUGAACUCCACAUUCAUACCAAACCGAUCCAAAUUGUAGAGGUUUCAUAUGUAAAAGAAAUAAAACCAGUGAAUCUAGAUCACGAAUUCUUCAGAGAAACAUAUCUACUCGUACAAUUAUUUAUUAAGGGGCUCAAUAAACACAUCACCAUCA